AUGAAAUUAUUCAAGGGCAUGUACCAGUCCUUCGCCGCCUGGAUCGUUCGGGUACUGCGUUCCCUCCACUUGCUAUCACACAAAGAGUGGCAGAUACAGCUCCGGUUUUCGUCAGAUCCCGAAAACUUACUGAGAGACCCGCCACAAGACACGACCAAGGGGUGGACUGCCUCCCUGGACCUUGUCACCUCGGACCUUCCCAGCCUCAUGCAUGACGGCCUCUACUUGACCCCAGAGAAUGUCCGAGAGCUGGAGAACCACGUACAGCGGUCCUACUCAAAUAGGAGCAAGCGGUACUUCCUUAGCCGCUACUUCACUGUCGUGGAUCUGAAGUGGUCAGGCAAGCUCUGCGUCACUUCAUGGGAUUACGAGCCAGUUGGGGAUUUUCGGAUUCAUCAUCUUUCAGCAGACAAGGUGUAUAAUGCCCAGGUCUUGAAUAAAGACGGGAAUGCGGUAUACUACUAUGACAUGCGCAGUCCAGGGAAAAAUGCGAAUUACAUAUAUGACGACAUGCCCAUGAGUGGACUCUGGCCAUUCCCCAGGAAGGAAGAAGGGGUGAAAGAUCAGGAAGUGUUGAAGCGUGAAGGAGAGCAUGGUGAUCAAGGGGAGGAGGAAGAGCGAAAGGAGACGGAGGAGGGCGAGGGAGUGUUGAAGGAUGAAGGAGGAGGCAACGAGGGAGGGAGGGACGCAGAGGGGGGCGAGACUGAGUGGGAGGAUGGAGAGAUGGGCGGCUUUCCAGAUUGGGAGUAUGGGGACUCAAUGAUUGACUCGUGGCAGGAUUGA